AUGUAUACUCCUACCAAACCGCGCGUAGUCUGGUCAAAGACCAACAAAACACACAGCAUCGUGUCAUCGACUCCUCCACGUCUCUCCGUCACUGCCAGCGCGUCGAAAGGCACACCGAAGAAGUCCAUCCUAAAACGACCUACGACGCCCAUCCUACCUCUCCUCUUCGACGAGCCUCGAGAGUCUACACCAGAGCCUCAGGAUCCUGCCAGCGACAGCAGGUAUCUCGCAUCGCCCGUAUCGACCAUCGUACAGCCCGACUCAACAUUACGUGAGCUGAUCGAGGCAUAUUCCGUAUUGACUGCCCGGCUCCGGUCAGCCCUUCUCGAGGGUGAGGGCGAGGGCGCGAAGCAGGCGGAUUGCUCCUGGCCAUUAUUCCUGCCGCUGCGACGUAACAAGAGCGCGUUUCUCGUCGCAGUGGAACGCGAUCUUGGCAGAGCUCUUCAGGAUCCUUUCGCGAAUGGGGUCGUCGCAGACGAAACCGAAGAAGAGUGUGUGGAGGAGAAGUCGGGCCUGCCUUCACCCGUGCAGAGUCCUAAGAAGAAGCGGGGUAUGAGUGCGGAACGGGUGAAGUACGCGAGGGAUCUGUGCACCACUACGCAUUCGGUGCUCAAGUUUUUGGCACUGAUCUUCACGAUGCCGUCGAUAUACCAGUUGUUCAGCGACAAGGAGCUGAAAGGAAUGAUGAUUGGUGUCCUUGCUAUUCCCCUCGCUACCGUGAUCCCAACUCCCAACGCCCGGAAAACGUGCGCGUUGGCGAUCUGGCUCAUCCAGACACAGCGACUACCCGCAGAGGUCCUGUCCCGAUUGAGAGACAGAAUCGGAUACGCUCUACGCCGUGCGAUCGAGGGCGAGCUAGGCAAGGAAGGAAAGAAGGGCUCAGUCAGUGAUGGUCUCAAGGCAAUUCACGACUUGGCCAUGUAUGAGCCGAGUAUCUUCGUGCCUGUUUUCUCUGUUUUCAUCGACUCAAUCCUUGCUGGCUUGCUUGCCCCGACAAGUCCUAUCCGCAUGCAAGCCUGUCAUGCCCUCGGUGGCCUCGCUUAUGCUUCGACUCGCAUCCCCGUCACCAGUCAGCACACGUACAUGUCGGACGCCGUGUACGAACUCCUUCGUCCAUCUCCUCAACCUGACGCCAAUAAGACUCCCACACCACCGGGCUCACCUAGUAAAGACCCUCCGAUUAUCCGUACACUACGAACAACCCUUGGCUCCGAUGACCCUCGUGUUGUGGCCCACGGACCCGUCUGGGCUCUAAGCGUAAUAGCACACUUCAUCAUCCUCCUCGGGCCCGCAUUGCGCAUGAACAAGUCUCUCCAGGGCAUCAUCUCAGCUCUCCUCUCGGUCGCGAUCAGACACCCCCGCAGCUCUGUCAAGUCCCUCGUUUGCGUCGUGUGGCGCACCAUCGUCUGGUCGUUCUUCCGCCCGGCACCCGUUUCAAUGGGGGCAGAUGGUGACCUGGAAGCCGGAAUGAUGGCGAAGGAUUAUGAUGGUACUGACGACGAGUUGGACCUGUGUGGACUUUUGGAUGCUCUCUCUCCCAGAGAGAAGAAGGUGAGGGAGUCGUAUUGGAAUGCUGUGAAGGCUAUCGUGGAAUGGGGCUCGGGUGUAGCCACUAUUGGCUCAUUGCUCCAUCUCCGGUCGGACGAAGAGGAGGACAUGAAGAAGGUGAUGAAUGUGCUCAAAGCAUUGGCGAAGAAGAGUGGUUAUUCCGCACACGACGCGAUCGACCUCAUGCGCUUCUUGCUCUCCGGCUUCCACAAGCAAAAGGAAUCAGACCCGGAGGGUUGGCAGUGGAGCAAGCUGCUUCCUGAGGGCCUGUUCAGUGCGAACCCUGGGCUGCUGACGGCAGAUUUCGAGACCCUCGAGGAGACGGUGAGGCCGAUCGUGGAAGGGUUCGAGUUGGCUCCAGAACAUGUCAGGCCUUUGACGGCGACGGAGUUGAGCUUUGGAGGAGUUUGGGAGGAUAUGGUCGAGGUCUGGCUGGAGAUGAUUGAGCAAGUUCGGCUGGAGGAGCAAAUUAGGCUCAACUCUGACCUUCGUGAGGUCUGGAGGGGCCUUCUGAAGUCAAGAGUACGUAUAGCGACAGAUGAAGGAAACGACAGCGAACUGGCACAGUUGGCCGAACGCGUCGCUGCCAUCCUUAUCCAGCUUCUCAGUGAUGACCGAUUCGAAUACAAGGUGGCGCCGAACGCACACAACGCCACACUCUCCGGUCGUCUCCGUUCUGUAGCCGCCAGCCGUCUUUCAGUCGUUCGCGAUCUCUUCGUGGUCGCCGCCCACAUCAUUCCUCAGUCCGAGCUGCCUAUCACCACCCGGGCCCUUGUUGCGCAUCUAAUUGCUCACGAGAGCGAGCUUGUAUGGGAGGAUAAUCACCCGAACGAUGCGAGGACACAAUGGACCCGGUUCUGCGUGGAAUUGUUGUCGUGCUGUGAAGCAGAGGUGUUCGAUGAGUUCUGGAGCGUGCGGACCGCGAGCAGGAAAGGGUGUGGGGUGGCAUGGGAGUGGGACUCGGGGACGAGGGCGUUGGUGUGGAGGAAGUUUGUGAAUAGGUGGAUGCAAGUGUCAUUGGAUUAUGAGAGCGCGCUGUGUUUGCUGGGAGUACCGCUCAAUGACGUGUGCGCGUGGGAAAUGAGCGUCAAGGAUGUCGAGCAAUGGGAGGCUGGUCUGAAACACUGCAUCGACCUUGCCCUCGACCGAGAAGAGAAGGAGCCUUACAUCCUUCUCGAUCGUCUCGCAUGGAUCAUCGGCAGUAUUCACGUCCCCACCACUCCCACAUCCACCCGAAUCGCCGAUAUACUCCUCACCAACUUCGAAAUCAACGAGAGCACGACCGAGUUGCCUAUGAAACUAUUCGAACUCGUGAGCGACACGCUGUCGAGCACAUACCCUCCUGAGCCAAGGAACAAGACCGUGUCAUUCUGGCUGAUCAGGACAGUUACCCGUAUAGCGGAUAAGUGCCCGCCCGCGUUGUUGGGGGAUGUUUUGAAUGCGCUUCAGGAGGGUGUUGCGAUGUGGGUGGCGGAUGACUAUAGGGCUCUUUCGUUGGAUGAAUACGCGAUGGAUGUUCUUCCGAUGUACCAGACUAUGGUGGCCGGCCUUCAGCUGUCACCGCCAUCCGUCGACACGCUCGAGUCCCUCACACAACUACUUGAAUCACCCUGCCUGGGCCGGAACGACAAGCCUGAAGGCCUUGUCCAAUGCUUCCAGGAUCUCUGGAUCGCGAAAUACGCAGACACCGCUCCUCCUGAGAGUUGGAAGGGCGACUUCCUGGCAUGCAUCCAGCCACCAACCGUCGAUAUCGCGGAGGACCUAGAAGACGUAUUCAACGUCCACGCCACCCCGCGGAAGAUCACCUUCGCACUCCUGCCAACGACUCCCAAGUCCAGUAUCUCUCGGGCAUCAUCGCCUCCAUGUCGUCCCUCAAGGUCGUUUACCGCUUCCAGCUCCGCAAGCGUUCUGUUCUCUCCGACUUCACCUCUCGCGUUCGCCACCGGCCGUUGCGUCACACCGCCUACCACGCCUCCGCGUCACCGUUCCUCUACCGUCUCUCCACGGAAAGAGAACAAGAGCAAGAACAAAGAAAAUAUUUCGCCUUCUGGCAGGCCAGUCCCGGUCACGCCUGUUGCUGCAGGCCGCGUGGCAGUCAUGCCAAAAUCGCCUGGUGGUUCUGCUCUUGGCAAACGUCCUCGCAAUAGUUUAGAUGCCGACGAGUCACCCUCGAAGAGGGUCAGGGAUUCAGCAUUCUCUCGUCCGCCUUUGACUCCUUCGGGACCAGUUCGCCAGGCUGUGAUCGACCCAGAUGACAGCGACGAAGAAUGCAAUGCCGUCGAGAACACUCUGCUGGCACCUGCUAGCCCAAACACGCCACGGUUCCAAGCAGAACCGAAGUCCAUACCCGCCCCUAGGUUUUACGAUACCACACCGACGGCGAAGCGCAUCCACAACCACCCACCGACCUCGUCUUCUCCAACACCGACUGCUUCGAAGAAACGGACGCGAACGGUCAUGGAGGCGAUCGAGCUUCCGUCGCUCAUGCAGAUACGCAGCUCCUUCCGCGGCCGUACGACCAGCCUGAACACGGCACAGAUGACGAUUGGGUCCCAUGGACUUCGUCGUGUUAAGAGCUUUGGUGUGCCGGCUGAGACUACAGCAGAGCCAUUGAUGUUGUCGGCGAGUACGGGGUUCGUUCAGCACAAGCGCAUGAAGACGGACGAGAGCUUUACUCUUCCGUCUUCGCCACUACGUGCUCUUGAAAAUGCGGAAGCUGCGGGUAGCGAUGACUCCAUGAUGAAUGUCGCUAUCCGUCCCACACUCUCCAAUACUCGGACAUCUCUCGAUGAUCUGUCUUCCGAUGACGACCCUCACUACGGCCAAGUCACGCCACACCAUCUUGUCUCUCCCGCGAUGCGUCGUCAGAACCACUUGAAAUUCGAUUUCAUUACCUCGGACCCACCAAGCGAUGAUUCGAACGCCUCGCUGGAGAGCCCGACGAGGGAUCAUGUAGCGAAGAGGAGGGAGAGGUUGAUGGCGAUGUCGUCGUCCUCACCGCCAGCAGUCGUGGAAGAUGCAAGGAGAAGGGUUGGCUUGCCUCCGAGCAGGUUGACCAAAAUGUUGAUGAGUUCUUCGGACGCGGCGGAUCAGGAUGCAUAAGAUGUUAGUGAACAGUUUUCUGGUCCUGUUUCUCCUCUGUUACUCUGCGUCUGAUUUGUUUAUACGGUAUUUGUUUUCUCCCUUUUGUUCCCGGUUUGAAGUUGUGGAUUUCGCCUUUCGCUGUGCAUCUCAUCACAUUUGUACUAAAGUUCAAUAUCCCGGCCGCAUACAUACACACAUCGUCGUCAUCCUCACAUCGAUCUAUCUUGUUGUCUUCGUCGCAACUUAGACAUUUCUGCGUUCAUGUAUUACUUACCAGGCUCACGCAAGGACCUACCUUGGCGCAUGCCACUACAUCGAUACUCUCCCCGAAUCGCAAUCAAAC